GUGCGCGCGUGCGCCGUUGAUUCACCGACUAGGCCGUGGCCGAAUUUGUCAGCAACUUAUUAAACGCAUAAAAAGCGUUGCUCCGGGGAGCGCGACGCUUUUCCCCCCGGAAACACUUUUUUUUUAAAAAAAAACUAUAACAAUGUCUGAUAAAGCUGUCUUUUACACUGCUGCUAUUUGCCCAUACGCUCAACGCGCUGCCAUCGCGCUCAAGGAGAUUGGAUUAGAGUAUGAGCACGUUGAAAUUGACUUGGCCAACAAACCCUCUUGGUACCCGAAUGUCAAUCCCGAGUCCAAGGUUCCUGCUCUCACAAUUAACGGCAAAAACAUCGCUGAGUCUCUUGUCCUUAUUGAACUGGCCAACGACUUGAAGCCCGAGAAGGGUUUGCUUCCAAGCGAUCCAGUGCAGCGUGCUCAAAUCCGAUUUGCAAUUGAGUACUUUGCAUCCAAGGUUAGCUCGGCAUGGUAUGGUUUCUUACUUCGUGACUACAGCAAGGAGAAUCUUCCAAAGUACACUGAAGGCCUUGAAGCCGCAUAUUCUCGCAUCAACGAACUUUUGCUUGAACAAGCUCCCUCUGGCCCUUACUUCCUUGGCUCUGAAUAUUCACUCGCUGACAUUGCAAUCGCGCCAUUUGUCGCUCGUCAGGCAGCCACUCACAAAGCCUUGUUGAAUGGCCUUGAAAUUGAAGCUGUCAAGAAAUAUCCUCGUCUCCAGGAAUGGUUAAAUGGCAUCGUCAGCCGACCCACCUUCAAGGACACCUACCCUGGUGAUGAUGCUAUUGUCGAUGGCAUCAAGUCCAAGUGGAACAUCACCAGUCUUUAAGUUAUAACAUUCCUUAACCAUAUCUUAAAUAGUAUCUUCAUUUUUUUUGUACUCAUGUCCCCGCCUUCCAUGAAGAUGCGUAUAUUUAAAAGGAUGUUUAUUUGCGUAUUCGUAACAACUGUUGGUUUUGAGCAUCGUCUCUUCUGGCGUGGAUACGUAGUGCCACACGUUCGUUUCAAAGCUUAAAUUUACUUGUUAUUUUAUGAUCCGAUAUAAUAUAUAGCGCAAUAACAUCUUGACACAAACAUCAUAGCGGCUAA